AUGUUGGAGCAGAAGAUCAGAGCCCCGAAAAACAGAGGGUUCUAUGUCAGAAUGAAGCUCUUGCCCAGCAAACAUGGAAGAUCAUCAGUACCUCAAUUAGAGAAAAAAAACUUCUUUUAUAGAAAUUGCAAAUGGGUUCUCUGGCUCUCCCUCUCCUUGUACUUCUUCAGCUCCUAUCUCAUCAGUAACCACCCCAAUCAGAACAACAAACAACCCACCUCCCUCUCCAAAACCCAUUUUUCAAGCUUAGCCUCUCGUGCCCUCUUCGAAUCCACCACCAAUAACAUAACACAGAAACAAGGCUUGCCCUUCAACGACUUGAAGAUUUUCGUAUACGAUUUGCCAGCGAAAUACAACACGGAUUGGCUAAAAAACGAGAGAUGCAGCACCCACUUGUUCGCUUCCGAGGUCGCCAUUCACAGGGCGCUUUUGACAAGCGAAUAUUUGACCGUUGACCCAUACGAAGCGGACUUCUUCUUCGUCCCUGUCUACGUCUCCUGCAACUUCAGCACCGUCAAUGGCUUCCCGGCAAUAGGCCACGCUCGUUCUCUCAUAGCCUCCGCCAUUAACUUAAUAUCCACCCAAUACCCAUUUUGGGAUCGGUCCCACGGCUCCGACCACGUCUUCGUCGCUUCCCAUGACUUCGGUUCUUGCUUCCACACCAUGGAGGAUGUGGCGAUAUCGGAUGGGAUACCGGGGUUCUUAAAGAACUCCAUCGUGUUACAGACGUUCGGUGUGAAACAGAGACACCCAUGUCAAGAGGUUGAGAAUGUGGUCAUUCCGCCGUACGUUUCGCCGGAAAGUGUAUUGAGGACGCUGGAGAAAUCUCCGGUAACGGGCCGGCGAGACAUCUUCGCUUUCUUCCGGGGCAAGAUGGAGGUCCACCCAAAAAACAUCAGCGGCCGUUUCUACAGCAAGCGGGUGAGGACAAUGCUGUGGCGGAAGUACAACGGUGACCGGAGGUUCUUCCUGCAGAGGCAUCGGUUCGCCGGUUACCAGUCGGAGAUCGUGCGGUCGGUGUUUUGUCUCUGCCCCUUGGGGUGGGCUCCGUGGAGCCCUAGACUGGUUGAAUCGGUCGCCCUGGGCUGCGUGCCGGUGAUCAUAGCCGACGGAAUCCGGUUGCCGUUCGACGACGUCGUUCCGUGGGCGGACAUAUCGGUAAACGUAGCGGAGAAAGACGUGGGUAAGCUGGCGGAGAUACUCGAACACGUGGCGGCGACCAACUUGAGCGCAAUUCAAAAGAACCUGUGGGACCCGCGCGUUCCGCGGGCCCUGAUGUUCAACGAUCGGGUCCAUGAAGGCGACGCCACGUGGCGGGUUCUUUCCGCUCUUGCGAACAAGCGGGCCAGGUCGUACAGAAGGUCGAGAGUUUCGAGCCAAUAG